AUGGCUGAUGCACCGAACAACGACAACAAUUCUCCCCAUGAAGAGCCUACUGAUCAUGGAUACCGUCCCCUGAAACACUUGGACAAAUCGCUGUUCUCAAACAACAACGGAGACUUUGCGUCUUCGUUCAUGCAGCCUCGUGGAUCGGCCAGCCGACUACACAAUCGACCUCCAGCGGCCAACCCACCCCCAUGGGAAGAUCCAGAUCAGGCUUGGCGAUACGUAGAUGAUAAAGUAUACACUGGCGAGGCUUUCGUAUAUUCUCGUCGUACCGAACCAGACACCAGAGCGGAAAGGCCCAACUCGCGAACUUCGGGAAUCCGACCAGAUGCCGCCAUCUCUAAAAACCCUAGGCAAGCCCAAGCCCCAAGUGGCCCACAAGGUUUUGACGGCCUUGGCUUCACCGGAGGACAGCGAGCUCCAGGAGGUCUUCAGAUGCGUGGCGCCGGUUCUCCCUCUCAGAAUAUUGUUGGCGCAUCCAGUCGCAAUUCACAAAGCUCCUCUGCUGCAGCUCCGCAAGACAUCGAGAAAGACUCGGCAUCUACCAAAAAAGGUCAAUUCGUGUUUACUGGGUGGAACGACGACGCCAAGCGGGAACUGUUCAUGUGGAAAGUCAAGCGCAAGAAAGGCUACGUUUUCUUUCUGCAUCUCUUCCCUGGCGAGACUGCGGAAUCACUGCACGAGGCUUUCAAGAAGUACAGGGACGACGGAGAUCGUCUUUACAAUGGCUAA